GAGUGAAGUGAACCCCAGCUCACCCAUUCUGAACUUGAGCAGUUGCCACCUCACAUUCUGCUGCUUGUUUUGUCUUUUCCUCCCUUCUGCACACACAGUUUAAAGAGUGUCAUGUCUGUAUGUAUUUACCUCUUUAUUCGCAGGCCAGGGCUGUUUUAAAGCACAUCCCCGAUGGCGUGCCAGCCACUGUACUCGUUCCCACGUGCACCCCCAGUGGACACCAGCACGUUGUCCCUGAAUAGCCACAGCCAUUAAUUCUCAAACAGAAAGCUGGGUAUAGCUAGAAGCACCCGUGAAUUUCACAGAACACCUUUACUUUUGUUUCCCUUCCGGGAGCACGCAUGCGGGCUCCUUUAGUUGCCGCUGUGCCGUGAUGUACAGUUCUGGGAAUGCUGAUGUCUGAAACCCCCUCUUCUGGCUGGGACAGUCAUUUUAGUUAUUUUUUACUGAGUUUAUGAGAAUAAGAAAAGUAAUAUGAAAACGGUUGUGUUCUGAGUCUGAACUCCGUGUGCUGUUUGGGUUUCAACGUGAGGAGGACUGGGGUGUCUCGUAGGCAGGUCUGUUGUGAUUAGGAGUUUGGACUUGAGUGGCAGGGACAUGUGACUGCUGUGCAAGGGUUAUUUUUGGUGUCUGGGCGUUGGCUUCUCAUCAGAAACCAUAGAAAGUGAGUGUGAGAUGGGCUUGUGGAGGCUCGGAAAGUGACAAGCGUUGUUACGUGAGUUUUUGGACUUUCAGACAUGGGUUGUUGCUUCAGCAAAGAAUUAAGUAGCGACCCUGACAGUGAAAAAACUGGCCUUUUACAGAAAUCUUUGGAGGAGCAGGCAGCGGAGAACAAGAUAAGUAGAACUUUAUCUUCAUUAUUUGGUAGCUUUGGAGGCGAGGAGCGUGACACUGUUGGCCAUGGAGCGACCGUGUGGGCCUGGCUUGUUGCAAGGCCCGCGCACAGUCAGGGUCAGACACCGGGGCCCUCACUGCCCUCGCUUUCCUCUCCCAGCUGCGGGCUCUCAAGCAGGCGCAACACUGCCGGGGAGGCUGCUGUUGCUGCUGGGCUGGGCUGCGAAAAUGCAGGCACUGGCAGGAAAUGGGGUGCCCUAGAAGGUGCGGGGCGUCUGUCAGAUGGGCAAGGGAGAGCCCUGGUAGCUGACCCCCAAGGCCGCGGCUCAGCCACUGGGAAAAGCUCCAUAAUAGAGAACGAAAGGGUGGGGAAGGUUCAGGAGGGCAGUGACGGUGACUCCUCAGGUGUGUCCGGUGUGGAGGGGAACAGUGAUGUUCCUCUGUGUGUUGACCAUGGACGAUGCAGGAGUUGGCAAGAGAGCGGGUUUUACUGGGUCUGUGCUCUGGACCCUGCUGGCCCUGACGCUGGAGGCGAGCUGUGUGCUCGUGUGUGCGGAGCAGCUGCAGCUCCCAAGAGCCAUCCAGCUGUCACCUUCGAGGGGAUCUGUGGAGGGGCCCAGCGGCCAGGGGAGUUCAGGGCACUGCAGGCCGAGCUGUCCCUGAAGGCCAUGCCACUGCCAAGUGAGGUGGCUGGGAAAAUCAAACCUAGUUCUGGACUGUUGACCAGUGGUGACCCACCCUGUAAAGUAAACACUGGUGACCUGCAGGCUGAGCCCUUCAGGGCAGACACUUACACCAGGGUCCCUAAAGAUUGCACGGAUGGUAGUGCCUUACAUAAUGUUGGCAUUCUCCCCACUUUAAAUAUUAGCACAGACACCAGAGGGGGAGAGAGCUGCGGUGCAGGACUGGGAGGGCCGGUGGGGGAUUUGCAUGUGAAUUUACUUACUGACACGUCACAUGCUGAAGGAAAUGGUGAAUCUGGAGCUGUAACAGCUAGUGUAGAUCAGAGUUUCAUCUCUGAAAGGGAAGGAGAAGAUGACUCUAUAGAACCACUAAAAGUCAGUGAUUGUUUGAACUUAGAUAUUCGUGGCUCUCACAGUAGUAGUCUCCUUUCCAUAGGUCUAGAUAGAAUUAACUUAACUUCAAAAAGAUGUAUCACUUCAUUGAGCUUUGGAAGUGAGUGUCUUCCCGUUCGUGCGAAUUUCCGAGACUCAGCCUCUAACAGAAGUGUUGGUCUAGGGCUGGCAGUGAUUGAGGAACAGCACCUGGGGGACUGCAGCGUGGGAAGUGGGAGCAGCCAGCCUGCAAACAAAGCAGAACUGUCUUUGCAGUCUCAGAAUAGUUCAUCUUAUCAAGGUGAGGAUGAGAUGAGCAUUUUUGGAGAUGAAGGUUGUGGUAAGAGGGCAUUUGAAUGGGGAUCUCCGUGUCAGGUAGAUCUGGGUGCAGACACUAGGGCCCGCAAGCCCCAGGCCCACAGCUGUGAUUUCUCAUGCGUAAUGCGGGGAACUGCUGUCGGGGGGGCGCUCUGCAACUCGGAGCAUGUGCCCCUAGACGACUUGGUUUCCACCUGCACUGAAGAGGAGGGUGAGCCGGAGGCCGGAGCAUGUGUGAAGAACCCAGGGAGGGGCCCUCACAGACUGAGAGCCAGUCCCAGGGAGACCAGUGCAGAUGGCCUAGGAAGUGUCAGGUCAGACCCGCAGACCAGUGUGCGACAAUGCAUGGCAGUGCCUGGUCAGGGUGUACUGGCUUGUGUCAGUUCUCGCGUAACGGGAAACCCUGCUCUUGAAAUAAAUCAAAUAGAGGAGAAUGAUGAGACCCUUAGAGGGAGCGAGCGCAGGUAUGGAGAGCUCAACCUUGCACCACCUUUAAACCGGAGUCGGAGUCCAGGUACACAGAAGUCAGCAGUAGACGUGAGCUCUGCGGAUGGGGCUGGGAGUCCGGGACUGGAGCGCGUUUUCUCCGAAUCAGCUGAGGAAGUUUCCGUUGUGUCUGGAGGAGGUGCGUGGUGGGUGAGUGAACCAGAUCGAGCCUGUGGAGGAGGGGAGGAGACGCUGCGUCCAGAGGGAGGCAGCAGUGAUCCCAGCCCUGGCCCUCUUGAGGGCCUGCGCGGGGCAGAUGGGCGUGCACACCACUCCUCGCGGGGAGGCCCUGGGCCCGCCGUGCAGGGCACUGUGUUCAGCAGGGAAGUGAACUUUGUGGGAAGCUCGGGGGUGACCUCUGAAAGAAUGGAGUUCAGCGACGCUUGUGCAGGCUAUGCCUGCUUGGCUGGUGCUGCCCUUGCCCCAACAGACGGACGCUUGGCUGCUCCCCACAGUGCCCUGCAGGUGGUUCCUGUCACCCCAGGUGACAGCAAGGAUGUCGUUGCACCAGGUGGGGAGGACCCUGUCCUGUCACUCACAUCUGAAAACCCUUCAGAGGGGGAUUUGCAGAGCUUCCCAGAGGAACUGUACUUCCAGUUUUUGAAUGAGCUUUCCUGUUACCCGAUGGGAGGGUUGGCAAGUCACAGUUUUUGUGAGGGACUGGCAGACGGCUGUGGAUACCAGGUGGGCUGUCCAUGGACUAAGACAAUCACAAGAGACGUGUUGGAAGGUGAAGUGUUUAGUGAGCACCUGCACAGCAAGCCACAGGACCUAGAGAGCGCUUGGUUUUGGAUGGAACAGCCCCCUUGUCAGCCCGCAGCGGCAGAAGACGGUGUCAUGCGGGGACGGCAGGAGAGAGGUGGGCAGUCCGUGCCAGCAGCCAAGGUUUCAGAGCUAAACCCUAAUGCAAAAGUAUGGGGCACUCACAUGUUACACCUGGAAGCAAGCAGCGCAGCGGAUGGCGGUGUGCGCGCAGCCUGGCAGGAGGCGCCCGGCCGCGGCCGGGAGGGUUCGGACACCAAUGGUGAUGGUGACAAAAGUCAUGAGAAUGCAGCACUAUCAGAUUUGCAGGAGUCAGACCAGACAGCCAUGAGCACUUUGGGUCUGGACCACUCGGAGUACGAGUCGCCGCCUGAAAACAGUGAGACGGGAGGAGAUGAAUCUCAACCAGAAAGCCAGGAAGACCCCCGGGAAGUACUUAAGAAAACAUUGGAAUUCUGCUUGUCCAGGGAGAACCUUGCUAGUGACAUGUACCUUAUAUCGCAGAUGGACAGUGAUCAGUACGUGCCAAUCACCACGGUCGCUAAUCUGGACCACAUCAAGAAGCUUAGCACCGACAUGGACUUGAUUGUCGAAGUGCUGAGGUCUUUACCUUUAGUCCAAGUGGACGAGAAGGGAGAAAAAGUGAGGCCAAACCAGAACCGCUGCAUAGUCAUCCUGCGCGAGGUCUCUGAGUCCACCCCCGUAGAGGAAGUAGAAGCACUAUUUAAAGGAGACAACUUACCGAAGUUCAUAAACUGUGAAUUCGCCUAUAACGAUAAUUGGUUUAUUACAUUUGAGACAGAGGCAGACGCACAACAGGCGUACAAAUAUCUGCGAGAAGAAGUCAAAACUUUUCAAGGAAAACCAAUUAAGGCACGGAUAAAAGCAAAGGCAAUAGCUAUAAACACGUUUUUGCCAAAGAACGGCUUCCGGCCCCUGGACGUGAGCCUCUACACGCAGCAGCGCUACGCGGCCUCGUUCUACUUGCCUCCGGUCUACAGCGCCCAGCAGCACUUCCCUCUCUACAGCCUGGUCGCCCCCCAGGCCUGGUCAGCCACACACAGCUAUCUCGACCCGCCCCUGGUAACUCCAUUUCCAAAUGCUGGAUUUAUAAAUGGGUUCACAUCUCCCACCUUCAAACCUGCAGCGUCUCCUCUGGCCUCCCUCAGACAGUACCCUCCAAGAAGCAGGAACCCCAGUAAGUCUCAUCCGCGCCAUGCCAUCCCCAGUGCAGAGAGGGGGCCUGGGCUUCUGGAAAGUCCUUCCAUGUUUACCUUUACUGCGGAUCAGCUGAUUAAUGGUGUCCGGAGCCCGCAGACGAGGCCGGCAGGUCAGCCUCGAGCACGGGCACAGAACCCUCCAACCUUCGCCAAGAGAGACGCAGGGCCGGGGCGCGUGGAGCCGAGCAGUCUGGAGCCCUCCCCUGGCUUAGGUAGAGGAAGGAAAAACUCCUUUGGCUUCCGGAAGAAGAGAGAGGAGAAGUUCACAAGGAGUCAGACUCAGUCUCCAACACCACCCAGGCCUCCGUCCCCUAGCUUUGAAUUAGGGCUGUCCAGCUUCCCCCCGCUGCCCGGGGCAGCAGGGCAUCUGAAGACAGAGGAUUUGUUUGAGAACAGGCUGUCUGGAUUGCUCACGGGAUCGUCCAAAGAAAGGAGCCUAAACGCAGAUGCCAGCACGAACACUCCUCCCGCGGUGGUCCCCCGAGAGCCCUCGUUGCCGACCCCCUGCGCCACCCCUGCCACCUUCGAGCGCGCCCCCUCCCCCACCCGCCCGCCUGAGGAUCCCAAAGUGGCGGAGAAGCAGAGGGACACCCCGAAUGUGGACAGACUUCCUCCUGCCCUGAGUACAACCUCCAGCAAAUCGGUGCAGGUGAACGGCGCUGCCACGGAACUGCGGAAACCCAGCUACGCAGAGAUCUGUCAGAGGACGAGUAGGGAGCCGCCGCCGUCCCCACUGCAGCCCCCAAAAGAGCAGAAGCCAAACACUGUCGGCUGUGGGAAGGAGGAGAGGAAGCUCGCCGAGAGGGAGCCCCCCGCCCCCAAGUCCAGCCCGGGACCACCCAGAGACCAGAGGAGGCCGCCGGGGCGCCGGCCCUCGCCCCCAGCCGCGGGGCGGCGUCCGCACAGAGAACAGAGCACCCCCCCCAGGUCCCCUCAGUGAGCACCAAGGUCUGGCGGGCUGCGAGGAGCUGGGGUCGCCACAACGAAGCACUGUCCCUCUCGGGACGGGAGUGAGCCGCUGGUUAGGAGCUUGCAGUGUAGACAAGGCCCCCGAGGUGCCUGCAAGUUAUUUUUCUUCUGAGUCGGAUUCCCCUCUCUUGAAAAAAAUCUAUUUUUCAGGAUUUAAUUAAUAUAAACCUUAUUUUAGGUUGGUGCUUAACUGGAGGUGAUGCAUAAGUCUGAUUUUUUUCAGGAUAGAAAAUGCAUUUAUCCUAACAAAUUGAUAUUUUUUAUUAAGCCUCCAUGUGGCUAUGAAUGCAAGCUAUAUAUAUAGUGAGUUUUUCUAAAUUAAGCAGAACUAUGCUACUUCAUUUUUUAAAAUAACUGGUUAGCAAGUGCGUAUCUCUAAGAUGUCCAGACCGACGGAUGAGGCUGAGGACAGUGGGACUGAGGCGUGGGGCAAUGCUGAGUGUAGCCCGGAGGUGGGAUGGGUCAGAAGGCGCCGCACGCUGGCCUGGAGUUGUCCUUCCAUUCAGAAUCUUGACAGGGGUUCUAGCAUUUUCUCAAGUCUAGCCCGUUUUGACCUCCUGGGCAGAGUGGCCCUGCAGAGCGCCCCGAGAGCCCUCCUGUCCUGCCAGCAAGUAACCAGCUUCUCACUCCAGUCUCAAGUGGCUGUUAUGUAAGAUAAACCCAAAGCACAUUGUGAAUGGAACCUACAUGAGAACAUAAACUUUGUUGCCCACUGACACGUUAUCGCGAAAUUGUACCCUGAUGUUGUCUUGCUCCCGCGAGCUGGCGGGGAGGGUGUGGCGCCCGCUCCCGCAUCGGCCCGUUGCCGGGGCGCCUCCCCGUCCCUCCGCACCGGCGCGCGGCUCGGAACGUUCCUGAAUCGUGAGAGAAGGUGUUUGUGGUGCCCGUCUGGUGGUGGAGGACCAGGUUCCUGCUCUCUUCCCAAGACGAGGGUCUCGUGGACCCUUCUGGAAGUGCUGCUCUAAGAAGAACACGCAUGCACUAAAGCUAGCAGUUGAUAAUAAACAUAAGUUAUUUUGUUUUAAAAUACCUAAAUUUUUCCUUUAAGUGUUCUAAGCAGCAGACGUUAAAAUAAGAUUAUUUCCUGCUAAAUGUAACCAUACAGUUUAUUCCACAAAAUGUUAUUUAACAAGCCUGAGGUUUUUUUUUUAAAGAUGAUUUCCAUCCAAUAUUUAAAGACUUGAAUUUUAUUUAAACUUGAAAAUGACUUUGCCUUAACUUUUGUAUAGGACAGCUUAGAGUCCAUGAGACCGGCCCCUGGGUUGGCGCGAGUGGUUGCCGCUGCUCAGCCGCGUGGGCUCUGUGUCGCUCUGGCUGCUGAGUGAGCGUGCUGCAGGACAGGACCUGGCGGCAGUGCUGUGACACCUGGAGGUCCUAAGCAGUUGGUCUUCAGAUUGUUGAGAAAUCCUGUAAAUGCAAAUAGUUGAUACUGUAUUAAAUAUGUGCACUUGGGAGUGUGUGGUUUGCUUGUACAGUUGUAAAUAAUCAGAACAUAUUAAAAAGGUACCCUACAGAGAAAAAUCUGAUAAAAACUGAUAUAUUAUAAAUGUUGCUAUUGAGCUGGAUGUAGAUAAACUCAGUGUUGUGGUUUGAACAUUAUUUUAAUUCGUUGAGGUUUUUUCUUUUUCUCUUGUACUGGUGUGUUGGGCUGACUCUGCCUCUUUGCUGCUGCGAAAGGGAGAUGAAAAGUCUUAUUAAAACCUUCGAAUGUCUUUAUGCUCUUCUUAAAAGUAUGUAAAUAUGUACUAAUCACAGCCAGUGUGAAAGGGUUUCGAGGUAUAAUCCAGAAAGGAGAAACUGGCAGGAUCUCAAGUGAAAGUAAGAAAUGAGUCUACCUAGAAUCACAGGCGGCUCGCGCGACCCGCCCGCCGGAGGAAACGGCGUCUCCCUCGAGCAGCGCCUCUGUCCUAGCGCGAGGCCCGCCCGGCGCCAUGCUGCCGGUGCCCCAGGAAGGAACGGGGGACCUUGCUUCUUUGUGGUUGUGAGACUGCUGGCUGAAAGAUCAGAAGUAACUGACCUCCUGCACCCAAACUGGUGAGUGCUGUAGAAGGAGUCGGAAAGGCCAGCUCCCAGUGCUGGGAUCCCCUGACGCCGCAGUCUGUGCUGGAGGAGGGGGUGGAUGUCGCCAGCCACCGUCACCCCCGAAUGUCACCGCCUGGAUCCGCACCCUCUUGGAGCCCGAGGCCCUGGAGGCGUGUGCUUGGCCCCGUGCUGCUGCCGUUGGAGGAUGGGCGGAGGUGGCCUGUGGCGGCCGUGGCCUUCACUGCCCCCUCUGCAGUCCUGGCUUCUAGAGUAGACCCCACUCGGGGGUGAUUUUUGCAGCAUCCUUUCUAAUUAAGCCAGGGCGCGUGCCCGAUGGCCCCCACUUUUCUGAUCCUCCUCAGAAAAGAACGGAAGGUGCAGGGCAGGAAGCUGGGAGGGCGGCUCCGCCCUGCGCAGCUGCCCCGCCCUGCGCAGCUGCCCGUGUGGCUCUUCCUCCCCCCGCAGUGCCUCGAGGUGCAGAGUCAGAGGUACCGCAGUCACAACGGCGCUCUCGCCUGUUCAGCUGUGUGACGACGCGCACCACCUGGAAGUGUAAGGGUGAGAACCUGGCGCCUCACCAGACAUGAAUUUCAAUCAAGCAGCGUAGUUGCUUUUUAGGAGUCAGUGCCAUGCUUUUCUGACCAGGCCUCCUGUGAUGGCAUCACUGCUGGUCACUCCAGCGGCAGGAGCGCCUUCUGUGGCCGUGCCGGGGUGGCUGCCGUGGCCGUGGGGAGGCCGCAGCGGGGCGGGCGAGUGUCCGCGGGGAGCAGUGACAAUCGCAGCUGGAGGAGGGGCCGGAGCCCAGCUCCCGGGGGGCUGGAUGCUUGGCCGAGAGCUUUUGUUUUUGUUCUGCUUCUUUUCAUUGAGACUGGAAUCAAGCUUACGUGUAAACUAUUGGUAAUUUAAGUUUCCUUUUGUGUCAAUUCAGUGUAAAACUGUCUAAUUUGAAAAAAUGUAGGUUAUGAAAAAUAAAGAUUUAGGCACUG